CCAAACAUAUCAUAUAACUUCAAGUGGAUACUCCCAGAGAUUUGCCAGAAGGAGGAAUAUCGAGGAGCGUGCGAUUGCCCUCUACAGGAAAGAGCAGCACAAAUAUUUCACCCUAUUCUUAGAAAAGAAGGCAGAAGAUAUAGAAAUGAUUAAGGCUGUAAUACUCGUUGGAGGGCCACAAAAAGGUACUCGUUUUCGUCCUUUGUCUCUGGACACACCUAAGCCGCUAUUUCCAGUAGCCGGACGUCCAAUUAUUCAGCACCACAUAGAGGCAUGUUUGCGACUACCGGAACUGAAAGAAAUUCUCAUCAUUGGCUAUUAUCCACAAACCCAAAUGGAGAACUUUGUGGCUGACAUGCAGAACUUGUAUAGCAUAAAUAUCCGAUACUUACAAGAGUUCACCUCAUUGGGUACGGCGGGAGGCAUGUAUCAUUUCCGCGAUCAAAUCAGGGCUGGUAAUCCAAAGGCAUUCUUUGUUCUAAACGGUGAUGUCUGUGCCGAUUUCCCACUGCAGGAGCUUUACAACUUUCAUCGGCAGUGUCCGGAUUCAGCUUUAGUAACAAUUAUGAGUACAGAAGCAACACGUCAGCAAGCUGUACACUAUGGUUGUUUGGUAUUUGAUCGUGAAACUGGUGCAGUUUCCCAUUAUGUGGAGAAGCCAAGUUCAUAUGUAUCGACAUUUAUCAAUUGUGGUGUCUAUGUCUGUUCCAUGGACAUAUUUGGUAAAUUGGCGGAGAUAUUCCACUCCAGAGUUCAGGAAUAUAAUGGAACAAAUUAUGUGGGAAUUGUUGGCAGCAAUGGCAAUGGUAAAGAUCAGGGUCACAUACAGUGGGAGCAGGAGGUCUUGACACCAUUGGCCGGUACGGAUAAGUUGUAUGCAAUGCCAGUGCCAAAUUGGUGGUCACAAUUGAAGACAGCUGGUUCAGCGAUUUAUGCUAAUCGUCAUUAUUUAGAAUUAUAUAGAAAAACCCACCCAGAGCGUUUGGCAAAUGCCGGCGUGAAACAGGCUGAAGGUGAUGGAAAUCUUAUAUGUACAAUAUAUCCAGAUGUACACAUACAUCCCAGUGCCACCGUUCAUCAUACAGCUGUGUUGGGGCCGAAUGUUUCAAUUGGCCCAGGUGUUUCAAUCGGUCCUGGUGUUAGAAUACGUGAAUCAAUUAUUUUGGAAAAUGCCAUUAUUAAAGAUCACACCUUGAUAUUACAUUCGAUUGUUGGCCGUGGUUCAACAAUUGGCCAAUGGUCACGUGUUGAGGGUACACCCAGCGAUCCGGAUCCAAAUAAACCAUUUGCAAAAAUGGAAAAUCCACCAUUGUUUAACAAGGAGGGUAAAUUGAAUCCCUCAAUAACCAUUUUAGGAUGUUUCGUGCAAGUUCCUUCGGAAAAGAUACUUUUAAAUAGCAUUGUUUUGCCGCACAAAGAGCUGAGUCGUAGUUUUAAAAAUGAAAUUAUAUUGUAAAAAGACAACAACUACUAUUAUUAUUAUUUUUAUUUGCCAUUAUACCGCUUACACUUAUGUUUUGUGUUUAUUGUGCACUUUUUUAUAGUUCGUUUAAUUAAAUUUUAUAAUGUAUUGAAUAUUUUACACAAAUAAUAAACUUUACCAAUAAAAAUCAUAUAA